CAAUGAAACGGUCUUAUUUUUAUUUUUCACUUAAACAAAAUUUAUUCUCUUAAAUUUAUUAUAUCCACUUAUUCAUGCAAAUAAGUUUUAGACAUCGAACAAUGUGAAAUUGCUGAUACUGUCGAUCGUAAUGAUUGGAGUUAAUUUCAGAUCAGGUGUUUAACAUGAUACAUGUAUUUUUAUCAAUUUUUAUUUCUUCAUCUAGCUCGUUAAUGAAUGGUCACUUAUAAAAAUUUUAAGUAGUAAUGAUAAGAAAUUCACAGCCACGCAUUACGUAUAUUUUACAAUUAAAUUUGAUUCUGCUGCAAGCUGUAAAAAACUUUGUUGACAUAGUCUAGCCUCUUGAUCAUUUUUAAGUAUGUCAGACAGUAUGGAACGAGGUAAAACCGAGUUAAUGAUACGUAAGGAAAAGGAAGAAGAAGAAGAAAUGAAACGGGAACUUCAAGAUAUGGAAAUGUACGAGCCAUGGUAUACUUACAAGGAUAUGAAACAGAUCUUGGGAGCCAUUAACGAGUCCAGGGACAUGGCAAACAUGUCGAAUGAUGAAAGAAAUGUGGAAAAGAAACUGACACAUUCUCCUAAUAAUUGGACUCCAGAAGCAAUAUCAAAGUCUCAAAUUCAAGAAUUAGAAGUACAAGAUCAAAAUGACGCGACACCACCGAUACACUCAUAUAGAAUUAAUCGUACAUCACCGGUACACGAAAGAAUAUCGUUUCACGGGUGUAGCAGUCCUAAUCUUGCAUCCACAGUUGAUGAUUCUGGGAGCCCUGUGUUCAGAGCGAAAAAUUUCGAUAACGAGGACACGUACCUCAGAUCGCAAGAUAAUUCAAAUACGAGAGACAGCUACUAUCAUACUACGAAUCAAAGUCUCUCGCUAAAAUUAAAGAACUCUUUACAAGAUUCGGAUCCCGUGAAUGAUCCGGAGACAACGACCAUGGACGAGCAUUCCGAAUCUGAACAGACGUUGGAACGAUGGCAAAUCAAUCCACUCGACUCGUGUGUUGACGAAAACGAUGUGCCUUUGCCGGAGCCGAACAGGCCUUUAGUCGAAGAUCGCAUGCCAUUUAGAUUGUGCAAAGAUGCGCGGACGGCUGAGGAGCUCGAGAAACUAUUGCCCGUGUUGAACCGUCACUUGAAACAAACAGCUGAAUCGUGGCGUAGUCGGCGUCGUACUACUACCGAUGAUAAAUUUCAGUGGGGGUCACCCAUUCAGGUGGGACACGCUAAAGAUAAGUCGGAUAGACAAUCGUUUUCAAAUAUUGAGACUGAACAGAAUCAGAUGGAAUGUACAAACAGACAUAAUGAACGACCUACUAAACGUACAUCGAAUUCGAUCACUUCCUUCUCCAACGAAGAUCAACAAAUAUCCAAAAAACAGAAAACAGAAUUUGACGAAGACGAGGACCGAGCGUUGUGCUCGCAUAAGUUAGCAUCUACCGUAGAAUACGAACAACGUGAAACGUCAAAUCGUAUUAGCGAUCAUUCUAAUAAUAAAGUCGAAAGUUGUGAAACGGAGAACGAGAAAGAAUCCCAGGAAUGUUCGUCGCCUACGUUAACUUUGCGUCCAAAGAAGAUCACCCACCCGAAUGUCAGGAAGUUUCUUGAAAGAAGAAAAGACGUAACUAAUCCUGUGAAAGGUCUUUCGGAUAGACUAAAGAACGAAUUAAUGACGUUGGAGAAAGUCCAACUUGAGAAACAGAUGAAAUUGGAAGCCGAAAAAGAAGAGGCUCGCAUAAAGGAAAUGGAGGAGAGAAAUAGAAGAGAAGAGUUCUUUAAGAAACAACUAGAGGAGAGACAGAGUAGGGAGCAGGAAAAGCGAGAACGAGAGAAGCAAAAAGAGAAACAAAGUAAAAACUGGAAUGCUAGAAUGGAGACGAAAUCAAAGAGAACCGUCAGAGAGGAGCUCGACGAAGCACCGAGUUUAAACAGACAAAUUGCGAUUAGAGCAGCAGGCACUGUAGAGGAUAAUAGAACGUCUGAGGACGACGAUAUUUUCAUUACCGACGAAAUAGAAGCUACGGCGAGUGGUCGUAUAAGUAAUGUCAAUUGCCCUAUUUGUAACAAAUCUUUCCCGAGCGAUAGGAUAGAGACCCAUGCCGCGGAAUGUGAACAGUACACGUCGGACAAUGAAUGCGAUGAUGAUUUAUAUUUAGUGGAGAGUAAACCAUUGAUGAACACUGGUCAUAGCGUCGUUCAUGAAUGCAACAUUUGUUCCAAGUAUAAAACGACUAACGGGAUAGACUACGAGGACCACGUUAACAGCUGCUUAGAAAGACAAUAUGCAGCAAAAUCAUCAAACGGUAAAAUAACAACCAGUAAACGCGAACACGAAAUCACAUUUUCUGCGACGGUACCAGGUGGUAUUUAUACGGAUUUAAGCGAAGCACGUAUCAUACCCGAGAAUUUCAUCGAAGAUAAUGAUGUGAACAAUAGAUGGGUUGGUAAUCAGUCUGUUUCCUACAGUAGAACCUUCUAUGCUAACGAUACUCUGUUAAACGCACCGAAGGUGGUACUACUUUUCCAUGGGGUAGAUACGUUCGCUACGAUCCUUUUAAAUGAUCAGAAAAUCGGAGAAACAUCCAACAUGUUUCUAAGAUACACGUUCGAUGUAACAAAGCGUUUAAAUAAGGGGCACAAUUUGUUAGAAGUUGCGCUUUCUUCCCCUGUUAAAGUAGCUGAGGAUUUGUACAACCGACAAGCGUCGAAAUACGUCGUUCCUCCGAUAUGCGUUCCGGAUGAUUACAACGGAGAAUGUCACGUAAAUCAUAUAAGAAAAAUGCAAGCGAGCUUCGCCUGGGACUGGGGUCCGGCUUUCCCAUCAAUGGGGAUUUGGAAGAGUGUCGAAAUCGUACCUGUAAACCACAUCCAUAUCAAUGACAUUACAACAGAUAUUCAUAAGGAGAAUGAUUUUUGGAACGUGGUAAUCGCGAUAUCCCUCGAAACCAGCGGACGAUCCGCAGAUUGUCAUAUCUCGUCUGUUCUUAAGAUCAAUGACCAGUCGACUAUCUCUAAUUCUAGUAGCAUCGGUUUAAACCCAAGCAAUAGCGGCACGAGAAGUAUUAUGCUUCUCAAAGUACCUACAGAUCAUGUACGCGAGUGGUGGCCAAAUGGAUACGGCGAUCAAACUCUUUAUUCGUUGACCGUAACGGCGAGUACGCUUGCCGACGUGAAGAGUAAAACAGUUCGCGUUGGUUUUAGAACGGUGGAGCUUGUUCAGGAACCUUUGAAGCGAGGAUUAAGCUUCUACUUUCGAAUAAAUGGUGUCCCAAUAUUUGCGAAGGGUAGUAAUUUCAUUCCAGCUAGCAUCUUUCCCGAGUCGAGCGCUAAAGCAGAUACCGUUAGACAUUUACUAGCUUCAGCUAAACACGCAAAUAUGAAUAUGCUCAGAGUAUGGGGCGGCGGUCUCUACGAGUCGGAAUUAUUUUACGACACGGCUGAUGAAUAUGGAAUCAUGAUUUGGCAGGAUUUCAUGUUCGCUUGUGGAAUGUACCCUACUACAAAAGAAUUUCUCGACUCGGUUAAGGAGGAGGUAGUACAAAACGUACAGAGGCUGAAGAACCAUCCCAGUAUUAUUAUCUGGGCUGGAAAUAAUGAGAAUGAGGCAGCUUUAUACGGCAAUUGGUACGGAACCGGUGCUCAACAAAUAUACAAAACUGAUUAUGUUAAACUUUACGUGGACGUGAUCAAAGAAGAAGUAGAACGAUUAGAUUCGACUCGACCCUUCGUGGUGUCUAGUCCCAGCAACGGAUUGUAUACGGAGAAAUAUAAUUACAUUGGAGAAGACCCGUAUUCAAAGUUCUAUGGGGAUGUUCAUUAUUACAACUACUUUAACAAUGGAUGGGACGUGCACCAAUAUCCCAGAGUCAGAUUCUCGUCUGAAUAUGGGUUUCAAUCAUUGCCGUCAAUUUACACUAUGUUGCCGGUUAUGAAAACUAUUAACGAUUCGAACAUAGACGGUAGCUUCCUCAAGCAUCGUCAACACUUAGCGUCAGGAACGCAGUACUUGAAGUCUCUUAUUUCAAAAAAUCUGAACAUUCCCGAAACUGAGGAUAAUCUGAAACAAUUUAAACGCUACAUAUAUUUAAGUCAAAUUAAUCAGGCAGUUUCGGUGAAAGUAGAAACAGAAUAUUAUCGGCAAUCGAGGUCGGAAUUAAACGAAAUUGGAGAAGGAAUGACGAUGGGUGCUUUGUAUUGGCAAUUGAACGACGUGUGGCAAGCACCGUCUUGGUCUUCCAUAGAUUUUAAUGGACGUUGGAAAAUGCUUCAUUACUAUGCCAUGGAAUUCUUUGCACCCAUCAUAGUUACGUAUUAUAUUAAGAAUACGGAUCUUUCAUUUUACAUUGUUUCUGAUAAAUUACACGCGAUUCAAAAUGCUACUUUAGAAGUAAAUCUUUAUAUGCUGAACAGCAUGAAGCCUGUGCAAACGCACGUUCACCGGAACAUAGUUAUUGAGGCAAAUAAAGCAAUUAAAAUUCACGACGAUGUGCUCAGACGUUCGUGGAUAUUAAAUUCUACGCGUAAUGAAUGUCAAUCGAAUUGCAUUACAACACUCACCUUAAGAGAUAACAGUGGGAGCCUAAUAGCACCAAGGAAUUACAUAUAUCCAAAUGGUGUACUGAAAAAUGUUGUAUUACCAGCUGCAAAUAUCUCAGUAAAAGUAAAUAAUUAUCAGUUACCUGGAAGGUAUUACAAUUAUUCAGAUAUUCAGCUUGAAUUGGUAACGGAUAAUGUAGCUCUUUUCGUGUGGAUGGAAGCUGGUAAUAUCUGCGGUCGUUUCUCAGAGAAUGGUUUCCACAUGUUCGAAACUCGGAAGAGAAUCGUUUUUUUCGCAUGCGAAUCGAUCACGCCAGAGAUAUUUAGCCAGCAUUUGGACAUUAUUACACUCUCGGAUAUUUAUUAAGAGAACUUUAUCUCCGAGGAAAGUAUGUCUCGCGAUGCAAAUAAAUUUCGAAUCCGAUCAGGAUCACGAGUAUAAGCAGUAUAAUAGAGACUGUUAGAUAUAUCAGAUUUGUCGUCAUGGUUUGUUAACUUGUAAAUUUUAAUCUCGAAAAUUAACAAUUUAAUUACAUUGAAGACAUUUUAUAACAAGAUAUAAUGAAGUUGGCAUAUCAUACAAAACAAAAAAAGAUUAGACCGUGUCAUUU